AUGGAAAGAUGGGUCAGAGCAGUUUGUGAAGCACAGUUCACAUUCUUUGUUUUUGUUGAAAGCCAAGCCAGGAAGCGAACCAGAGAAGAGCCGGAAGACAGUGUUUCGUCCACGCUGGUGUUUGAUAAGCGAUACAUACGUGAAGAUACUGUCGUUAGAUGUGUAGUCGAAUUUGGUGGUCGUAGAUUUUCUUUAGAUGGCUUAAUUUCUCCGUCUGCCAAACCAAAUCAAUGGCAUCAUCCCUUACUCAAAAAUGAUGGCCAUCUCAGCCGGCCUGUUGCUGAACUACUCCAACAAUAA